AGUUAAUUAAUAAAAGAGAUAGGGGACCAAGAAUGAAUGACAUAAAUGCCUAGCACAAAAACUUUGCGUAUGCAUGUACAGUUGCAUAUUCCUUCCUAUAUAAACCAGCAGAAGCUCCUCUGUUGGCUAAGUUAAAACAAAGGGCACUCUCCUCCCUACAUUGCUUCUCUCUUCCAACAUCCUUUGAAGACAAAAAUGGGAGGAUUUAGUUUUAGGAGCUUCACAUUUAUGUUCAUAGUAGCAUUUCUUGUUUGGUCAUCAAAUGUAGAGACUUGUUAUGCAAGAAGAGGCAGGCAUUGGAGACAAACAACAACUUCCUCUGCUUCUUUGUACAAGAAGAAAGAAAAGUCUCAUGGUAGCAAUCACCAUCAUAAUAAUGGGAGCAAGUCGAAGCCAAAACACUCGUCUCCACCAAGUAUGCCAACGAACCCGCCAAGAAAAGGCUACGACGAUGUGCCUUCGUCCACCAUCUUCGAUGUAAGAAGUUUCGGUGCCACUGGAGAUGGCAAGACUGAUGACACUAAGGCAUUUCAGGCUGCAUGGGCAGCUGCUUGUAAAGUGGAAGCUUCGACGAUUGUCGUUCCGUCACAAUAUGUAUUCCUUGUAGGACCAAUUUCAUUCUCAGGUCCAUACUGUCAGCACAACAUUGUUUUUCAGCUUGAUGGAACAAUAAUUGCUCCAGUAGAUGCCAAAUCUUGGGGUUCAGGUCUUAUGCAAUGGCUUGAAUUUACCAAAUUGGUUGGGAUUACAGUUAAAGGAAGCGGGUUAAUUGAUGGGAGAGGUGCAGUUUGGUGGCAAGAUACCCCAUAUGAUGAUCCUCUAGAUGACGAAUUAAAACUAAUCAUUCCAUUAAACAAGACAUCAUUGAGAUAUCCUCCAAUUCCUCUAAAUAGCUCACUUGGUGGUGGAAAAAUGCCAAGCAUUAAGCCAACGGCACUUCGAUUCUAUGGGAGUUUUAAUGUUACUGUAACAGGCAUCAUAAUUCAGAAUAGUCAACAAUGCCAUCUCAAAUUUGACAAUUGCAUAGGGGUAACAGUAUACAAUUUCACUGUCUCAUCUCCUGGUGAUAGUCCUAAUACAGAUGGAAUCCAUUUACAGAACUCCAAAGACGUGCUAAUCCGCAGUUCCAACAUUGCUUGUGGAGAUGACUGUGUCUCCAUACAAACUGGAUGCACCAAUGUGUAUGUACACAACAUAAAUUGUGGACCAGGACAUGGAAUCAGCAUUGGAAGUCUGGGGAAAGACAACACAAAGGCUUGUGUUUCAAACAUUACGGUCAAAGAUGUUGUUAUGCAAAACACAAUGAAUGGUGUCAGGAUUAAGACGUGGCAGGGAGGGUCAGGGUCAGUACAAGGAGUGUUUUUCUCAAACAUUCAAGUUUCAGAAGUCCAACUACCAAUUGUAAUUGAUCAGUUCUAUUGCGACAAGAGCAAAUGUAAGAACCAGACGUCUGCAGUGGCUUUAUCAGGAAUCAACUUUGAAAGAAUUAGAGGAACAUAUACAGUAAAACCAGUGCAUUUAGCAUGCAGUGACAGUAUGCCAUGUCAAGACGUGACCUUGACGGAUAUCCAACUAAAGCCAAUACAAGAGCGUUACCACAUGUAUGAUCCAUAUUGUUGGCAGACGUUCGGGGAGUUGUAUACUCCUACUCUACCGCCAAUUGAUUGUUUACAAGUCGGCAAACCAUCGAGCAACAGAAUUCAGGGAGAUCAUGAUCAAUGCUAGUAUAGUAAGACUAUUACCUAUAUUUAUAUAUAUAUUUUGGUGUUUUCUUUUGUGUGGCUGGCAUAGUUUUGCUGACCCCUAUUACACCAUAUAAAGAAUGAUUGCAUAUUCUUAAUGCAUUAUAAGAGUAUAGAAUUUUUUUCUUUUUAGUAGGAUUACUGUGUGAGCUGGUAUUGAAUUAUUUUUAAUAGUAAGGAUUUCUAUAGUAAAGUGAAAAGGCACUUCACAGAUUGUCAGCU